UUAACUUCCUGCAUAAAGUGACUGAAUAAAAGCAGUGACGUGAAAAGCACACACCUGUGCACACGGCAAACUUUAAAGAAGAACAAGAAGAGCAAGAAGAGCAAGAAGAAGAAGGCAUCUGUCUGCAAUAAUGGCUAAACAUUCCGCUGUAGAUCAGGAGCUUUCAGCAAUCCUGAAUGAGUUGUGGAAGCUGGACGUGAACCGUGUGAAGCCAGGAAAAGACUACACCAUCAAUCUACAGGGGAAGGCUGAUUAUGUGGCCCAGGGCAGUAACAGUGCCAGAGACAAAGCCAGUGCUCCUCUGUUCACAUACGUCAAUGAGGAUAAACUCAAAAGCAUUGCCACAUAUGCUAGCUUCAUAAAAAUCUUGGACAACUACGAGAUGUCCACAGGUGUGGCGGAGAACGUGACUAGUGAGGAGCUGGAGGAGAAUAACAUCUUCCUCAAUGCCAUCCUACAGACCCAGGUCAUGAAGCGUGCACAUGAGUAUUUAGUCAGUAAAGGACAAGCCUCCUCUGACGUAGCUCAGUUUAAAAAGCAGCUCUUUGACAUCUGGUUCAAACUCUAUCACAGAGACAGAAAUGGAGGUGAAGACUCAUGUGGAUUUGAACAUGUGUUUGUUGGUGAGACUAAGCAUGGGAAAAAGAUCAUGGGCCUUCAUAACUGGGUUCAGAUUUACCUGCAGGAGAAGCUGAACUGUAUAGACUACAAGGGCUACAAAGCCAGAGAUAAAGACAUGCCAGAUGUGAACGAUCACGUCAUUAACCUGCAGUUCAGCUGGAAAGGCCUGGUGAAGCCAGUGGGCAGCUCCUUCAUUGGCGUUAGCCCAGAGUUUGAGGUGGCACUCUUCACCAUCAUCUUCCUCAAGAGUAAUGAGCGUGUUACCAACGCCGUUGUCAAAGUGGACGAGUACAUGCUGGAGGUCGUGGUGUGUCGACAUGGACGUGCUAUUGGAACGUCCUACCCCAAACUGCUCAGCAGCAACAACAGGGAUCUGUAGUUUCCCUACUGAACAGGUUGUAAGGAUUUAAGUUUCUUCUGUAUAGCCUUAUAAUCUGCACCGUUAUUAUAAGCAAUAGCUCUUAGUUUCACAAGCAACAUUGAGUCUUUACAUUAAAAUUGGAACUGUUUACAUGAUAAACUGUUACUAACCAGGAAUAUAGUGUAUAUUAAUAUAUAUUAUAGUGUAUAUUAAUAAUAUAUUAUAGGUAUAGAUUAUAUAUUAUAUUACACAACUUUGAAGUCAAAUUCCAGGAUAAAUAACAGAACACUGUUAAAAAACCAUUUGGGGAAAAAAUUAUAUACUGUAUGUUACAAAAAUUACACAUAAACCAUAAAAUUGUCCACUGUAGGUCAAUUUUUUGUAUAAUUGGUUUUAAAUUAGUCAUGUAGCAGCUAUUUUUUGCGGAGAAGUAUAUUAAGUUGUAGCCAUGUAUUUUUGUUCAUUAUGGUGUCUAUUUAAAUUGAUAGAGUACUGUUUAGUGCCACUUAAUAACCCGAGAAUGUCUUUAGGUCAAGAAAUAUGUUUUGCUGUUGGAUCAGCAUGUAAUUUAGUUGUAAAAUUAUAGCUGCUUUCAGAAUGUCUAUCUGUAUUUUUGA